AUGGCAUACAUUAUUUGGUUCAAUCUUCUGUUAUGCAUCGCUUCAGUUCAGAAUAUUCCAGUUGGGCAAAAGUAUGAAUGUCGUCAUUGUAAUACAACUAUGCAGACGGACAAGGAAUAUUCAAAACAUCUUGAGACGCACAAGAAAUAUAACUGCACUUGGCCCAAAUGUAAAAAGGCAUACCUUAGAAUAUGUGAUCUUCAAAGGCAUUACAAAACACAUCAAUUUAAAUAUCAAUGUGGUUGUGGCAAUUUAUUUUCGCGCAGGGAUACAUUACGAAUACAUCAGCGGCGAUGUGACGGAAGCAGUCGUUAG